CCCCGUCUCUCCCGUGCCACCCGAAGCACACGACGCAGCACACAUCCGCCGUAGCCACCGCUCCUCCUAGCUUGCUUGUUCCGUUGUUCGCCGGCGGCAGAGAAAGAAGGCAGACAGAGGAGGAAUAUACCGGUCGAGAUGUCGAAGUACGUGGAGAUGCUGGACAUGGGCGUGCGCAUCGCGGCCAGGUUCCACUCCCACUGCCCGCAGACGGCGCGCAUGUACUACAAGCCGCCGCAGUCCACCUCCACGUCGUCGUCGGGCGCCGCCGAGGCCGCGUCGACGGAUCGGAGGGCCGCCGGCUUUGACGGCGAAGACGUGGCUGCUGGCUUCCGGCCCUUCGCCGCAUCGGGAGGGUUCGGCGACGGCGUCCAGCCGCGGUUCGGCUUCGACACCGCGCAGGUCGUCAUCUACGAGGUCGUAUGAGUCGAGGGCUUGAACAACGGCGACGAAUUCUAAUUUCUAAAAGGAGAGAGGUCUCUUUGAUGAGAUUUUUUUUUGCGGCCAAUGAGUUGAUUGAUUGUACUAGUUGUCUAUAACAUCAUUCUUUUGUUAGUUUGUGGCCGUGCUGGAAUUGAUCAAAUACAGAAUUUUCGUUAUUGAUUACU